UAGUUGAGUGAAUUCCUCUCAUGUUUAUCUGCGGUUAGCAGCCAUUUCACCCACUGUGUGCGUGCGUUCUAGGUCGACGUUUCCCAAGCGGGGCUUUGGAGGGCUUUUGGAACAAGGAAGAAGAAAGAAAGGGAGAAGGAAAUAGAGCGCAAGGUUUUUGCAGGAGAGCCUGUGGGUUUUUGAGUGGGGGAUUGGUUGAGAGAGUCUGCAGCCAUGGCGCUCGUAGCGGGACGGUUCGUGGUGGCCAGGAGCCCCUCCCUGGAGAGCAACGCAUUGGUGGGGAAUGAGACGUUGCGCGCAGCAGCAGCGGCGCCGGCCGAGCGCAUCGGGAUCUCCGCCGGGCGUCCAUGCUUUGCAGCUCCGCUGCGGGAAUGCUCCCACUCCCGGAUGGCUGCUGUGGUGCGAGGGCGCCGGCCUCGUGCGCUCGUGACUGAGUUCGUGACAGAAGAAUCCGAGGUUUUGGAUGCGGAGGAGGUCGAAGAAGUUGUGGAGGAAGAAGAAGAGAACCCCUUGAUUCCCAGUGCCUUUGAGGUUCAAAAUCUCCUUAUGCAGGUCUGCGAUGAGACAUCGAACAUUUCCGAGGUGCAGAUGAAAGUGGGUUCCUUCAGUUUGCGAGUAAGGAGAGAGAUUGGCAAGCCAGCACCGGCUCCGAAGCCAGUUGCAGCAGGGCCUCCAGUAUUGGGUAAGGCUAUGGUUGAAUCCAUUCCAGCUGAGGCCGUUCCAGCCGCUUCGAAGCCUACCUCCACCAAGCUCGCCAAGAAAGCCCUCUCUGGGUCGUCAUUGAAGCCCGUCUCAAAUUUUGGUCUCAUAGAAGCAGCUGCUGAUGCAGGAUUGCUUUUCAUUACCUCACCAAAGGUGGGUCUCUUCAGGAAAGGGCGAACCGUGAAGGGUAAAAGUGGUCCUCCACUCUGCGAAGAGGGACAAAUAGUUAAGGAGGGUCAAGUGGUGUGCUAUUUGGAGCAGCUCGGCACGCAACAACCUGUAGAGGCUGAUGUUACUGGUGAAGUUGAGAAAGUUUUGUGGGAAGACGGAGUACCCGUCGGGUAUGGAGAUCCUUUGAUUGCCGUCAAGCCAUCAUUCCCAGGAAUUAAGGUUAAAGGACAGCUUUUAGGUUAAAAGUUUUUCCUUCUCUGGUUUACAGCAGAUCGUUGUUCUUAGUCAGUCCUACUACAGAUUAAUUUCUGGCAAAUACUACUUUCAUAGGUCGUUUAGUAGUCUCCUUUAAUGCCUGUUACAGUACUUUUGCAGCCGAAUAGUGGAGAAUCAGGUGCUCUUGCAAACCAAAUGACCUUGUACUUGAUGCGUAACAAUUCAAGCAGAUUUGUUUUUAUAACAUUUCAAGUUUUCUAUGUUGGAUU